AUGGCUCCUCUCCGCGGGGAUCACACUCUGCUCCUGCGGCUAAUGCUGCUGCUGCCUGGGCUCUGUCUCUGUGAAGCCGAGGGACCUGGACCAGGACCAGGGCCAGGACCAGGAUCAGGGCCAGGACCAGGAUCAGGACCAGGACUGAGACUAGGACCAGGGCCCACAGGACACGUGCCGGAGUUCGCAAAGCAUUUCGGGACUAAAACACGAUAUGAGGAUGUGGUAUCUCCGCCUGUAAACCUGUCCUCGACCACAGAGGGGCGCUGUUCCCCUAUACACUUAACUGCAGUGAUCCGACACGGGACCCGGUUCCCCACCGUGAAGAACGUGAAGCGCAUGGCUCGAGUCAGUCGCUUAGUGAGGGAGAUGGGGGAGACGGGGGACCCUGAGGACGUUCUGGAACAGCUGCGGCAGUGGGAGCAGUGGUACACUGAGGACAUGGACGGUCAGCUGGUGGAAAAGGGGCGGUCUGACCUCAGCAACCUGGCCAUGAGAUUGGUCAGUUCAUUUCCUGGUUUGCUGUCAGAGGCGGAGUUUCACAGCGGAAGAAUCAGCAUCAAAACCAGUUCUAAACAUCGAUGUGUGAGCAGUGCUGAGGCCUUUCAAGAUGGGCUGAGGCUGGCCUGGGACAGACCCCGGACCAGAGACCAGCCCGGGAACAGAGACGGGACCACCACAGAGACCAGCCCCGAGCCCCCUUCAGACUCAGACUACAUCCAUGAGGUCGACGACUCCCUGAUGCGGUUUUUCGAGCAUUGUCGUGGUUACGUGGAGGGGGUGGAGACAAACGCCACGGCGACUGCCGAGGUGGAGCUGUUCAAACACGGACCAGAGUUCAGGGGAGUCCGGACUCGAGUUGCACUGAGACUGGGACUGGACCCGGAUCUGCUCACUCCAGACCUGGUGGAGGCAGCCUUCUUCAUCUGCUCCUAUGAACUGGCCAUAAAGUCUCUCUACUCCCCCUGGUGUCGACUCUUCACCAAGGAGGAUGCUAAGAUCUUGGAGUACAAAGGAGACCUGAAGCAGUACUGGAGGCGCGCUCACGGUUUCUCCAUCACGCCCCUGUCCUCCUGCCCUCUGUUCCACCACAUCUUCAGAAGUCUGGACAAGGCUGGACGCCCACGCAGAGCUUCAGACCCGCCCCCUGAACCUGCCUCUAUUCUGAUUGGUCACGCUGAGACGCUCCUCCCCCUCAUUGCCCUGUUGGGACUAUACAAGGACAAGACCCCGCCCACUGCUGCCAACUACCAAUCACAGCAGGAUCGCCUCUUUAGGUCUUCCCUCCUCGUCCCUUACUCGGCACACCUCGUCUUCGUCCUAUACGAUUGUCCGCGUGGUGCUAGGCUCCGCCUCCUCACCAACGAGGCGCCUCUUCUGUUUCCGGGGGCAACAACAGAUCUGCCGCUGUACAGAGAAGUGAGGGCACUAUACCGCCACCUGCUGGAUGGCUGUGACUACUACACAGCCUGUGAGGGGAGGCCCUCAAGGGCCCCCAACACUGAGCUAUGA